CAUGCAAGGUCCUUUUCAUUUAGCUAACCAAACACACGACACCAAUGGAGAUACUACUAUUCAGUUUCAGUUUCAGUGCUCAAUUUUCUUUUUAAUUUUUGUAUUUUUAAAUAUUUUUUGGUCUCCACUUGCCUCGUUCCACUGGGAAAACGAAACACACACAACUAAACUCGGACUCAGAGCGUUGUUCGCUGCUUUCUUUGGAACUAGUGAAAGCUGAAGAGAAAAACAGAGCUCUCUGCUUUCUGUUUUCUGGGUGCUUCUUAGAAAGCGAGAGAGAGGAGAUAGAGAGACAUGCUCUGUUCGGGUCGACUUUUGGCGGUUUCGUUUCCAGUAAACCGGUAUUUUCCGUACAAUUUACAGAGCUCCAGCUCCAGAUUCAGCUACGCAAGCCCCAAAUCGAUCUCCAGAUGGCGAUCAAUGACGUCCGAGCCCGAGUCCUCUUCUUUUGCUCCUUCUAUCGACUCCGAUCCCACUGAUACAAACCCCGCCGGAUUCUGUAUCAUAGAGGGGCCUGAAACAGUCCAAGACUUUGCCAAAAUGGAGUUGCAAGAAAUUCAGGAUAAUAUUCGAAGUCGACGCAACAAAAUUUUCUUGCAUAUGGAGGAGGUUCGCAGGCUGAGGAUACAACAGAGGAUUAAAAGCGCAGAGCUUGGAAUGUUAAGUGAAGAUCAAGAAAAUGAACUUCCUAGUUUCCCAUCUUUCAUUCCAUUCUUGCCUCCCCUGAGUUCAGACAACCUUAAGCAGUAUUAUGUUGUUUGUUAUUCAAUUAUCACGGCGUUUAUUCUUUUCGGUGGCCUCCUAGCACCCACUUUGGAGUUGAAACUGGGAAUAGGAGGCACCUCAUACAAAGAUUUUAUAGAAAGUGUGCAUCUGCCAUUGCAGUUGAGUCAAGUUGAUCCCAUAGUGGCAUCCUUCUCUGGAGGAGCAGUUGGUGUCAUCUCCGCAUUGAUGAUUGUUGAAAUUAACAACGUAAAACAGCAGGAGCAAAAAAGAUGCAAAUAUUGUGUUGGAACUGGAUAUCUUGCUUGUGCCCGCUGUUCAAGCACAGGAACCCUGGUUCUUACCGAACCAAUAUCAGCAGUCGAUGGAGAUCAGCCCCUAUCACUGCCGAAAGCGGAAAGAUGUUCAAAUUGCUCAGGAGCGGGAAAGGUAAUGUGCCCUACAUGCCUUUGCACAGGAAUGGCGAUGGCAAGCGAACAUGACCCUCGGAUCGAUCCUUUUGAUUAGAAGCACACUGCCGUCAUUAGUUGCGCCCUUUACCACUUUAAACCUCUUUUUCUUACUUUUGAUGCCAUACAUAUAUCCUCCAUCUGAGUUGUGACAUAACCAAGGAAAUUCUGUGUAUAUAUUAACCGUUCAAGAAUAUGAUUAGACUUCUGAACGCAAUUGAAAGGUUUUCAUCACCUGUGCAACUUUGCCAUUUAAAUAAAA